UUAUUCUAUCAUUCAUGUCAAAAAAAUAGUACCUAUUGUGCCUAUUCGUUUGGCGUUUCAUUUCACUUUUGAUAUAAAGAAAGCAGCAUUUAAAUAAUUGUUUGGCUUUUAGACCUACGUUUAAAAAUAACUUCAAACACACGGAAGUGAAAAAACAUCAUAUAGGUACUGGUUAGAAAGCGUUUAGUACAUAUUUUCUGUCACUUCGCUACAACAUCGAAUACACUAAAAAAGAUUCUUAAUGCCUAACUUAGCUUGCAAUGGCAUCCCCAAACAUCACAGUUGACGAAGUCCGCAACAUUCUCGCAGAAGUGAUUGAAGUCCUGGAGUCUGCGGACUAUGCUCCCAAGCUUGAUGAAGCCAAGGAGGCUGCCGGCAAUGAGAUGCUGAAGAUGAUGCAGAUAGUGUUCCCGAUGGUCGUGCAGAUUCAAAUGGAAACUAUUAAGCGUCACGGCUUCAGUAAUACAAGAGAAGGCAUAGUCCAAUUCACGCAACUGGUUCGUGAGAUGGAAAGUGACAGUGAAGUGGCGAGACUGCAUUCCCGUAUCCGCAGCCACUACCUACCUCCCGUCUCCAUCAGCUCCAACGUUGACACUUCUCUAUAAACUGGGAGCCAUGAUGUCAAGAAUCAAGUCAAGAAUCUCAAAAACUUUUUUUAAAGUGCCACGAAGGAAGGAUAAAGUGCUGUUGUGUACAUGUGUGUCCGUUGUGUGUGUGUUAUACUACAUCUUCAGUGUGGGUGAUUAUGUGUUAGCCAAAAGCUACGACAAACACUUCGACUACCCUUUAAAUAUUGAUAUACGACCACUCGUGGAGCAAAUAAUAUCUGGAGGCAACCCUCGUAUACCCAAACCAAUUAACUUUUACCCAUAUAAAUUCCUAACUAAUUCUGGAAAAUGUAAAACAAUAGAGAAAUUGGAUUUGUUUAUAGUUGUGAAAUCAGCUAUGCAGAAUUUUGGCCACCGAGCUGCCAUAAGACAGACCUACGGACAAGACAAUAUUAUACCGGGUCGCAUUGUAAAGACAUUGUUUUUCUUAGGAAUCUCUUCUCACCCCAAAGGUGAAAUACAGAAACAAAUAGAUGCAGAAAUCGCUAAGCACAAAGACAUAAUACAGAUUGAUUUCCAUGACCAUUACUUCAAUAAUACUAUAAAAACUAUGACGUCGUUCCGAUGGUUGUACGAACAUUGUUCUACAGCUGACUUCUAUUUGUUUACGGACGAUGAUAUGUACAUAUCUGUCAAUAAUCUGAUAGAUUACCUUGACGACAAAAUGCAAUUCAAACGGAGACCGUUGCAGGGAGAUCACUUUUACGCCGGUUACGUAUUUGAAUCACGCCCUCUCCGGCACAAGAUAAGCAAAUGGCGUGUGAGCCUUGACGAGUACCCGUGGGACAAAUGGCCGCCCUACGUGACGGCCGGAGCGUACGUUAUUUCAAAUAAAUCUAUGAAAUAUUUAUAUGUGGGUAGUAUGUUCGUGAAGCAUUUCCGGUUUGAUGAUGUAUACUUGGGUAUCGUUGCGAAGAAAUUGGGCAUUGAGGUCACACAUUGCCCUCAGAUACAUUUUUAUAAUAAGAAAUACAGUAAAGAGGGAUAUAAGGACGUGAUUGCGGCGCACGGGUUCCAUGACCAUGAUGAACUUUUGAGAGUAUGGCGUGAACAGAAUACCAUUAUAUAGGAAGAUAAAUGACUAUACAUCACAUAUGACGUUAGCAAUCCAUACUGUUUAUGCUAUACUAUUAUAAACACGAAAGUUUUGUCUGUCUGUCAAGCUGGACCGAUUUUGAUGAAAUUUACUGAGGUCAACAUAAACUACAAUGUUUAUUCAAAAUCAAGCCUAAACCGCUAAAUCUAAAGUUAUUAUGAAGAACAACGAUUCCGUUACGUGAGCGAAGCUGCGGUCAACAGCUAGUUAUACCAUUUUAUAACUAUUAACCAUUCCGAAUGGAUGUGGCGAAGACGAGGCAGCACUGCUCCUCUGAAAUAUUCUUGGUUUUCACCACUCCUUAGGAUAUCAAAGGGCAAAAAAUUAUAGCUUUUUAGUUUUUUCCAAUAGAAGAAUAAUGUAAUUAUAUAAUACCACCGACCUACAUUACUUACUUGUAUUUCACAUGCAUUAAUUAUAUAAAAAGCGAAAGUUUCAUUUUCUGCCUAUAUUUAAAUAUCGUGCAGAAGUUAUUUUUAUAUGUAAUACUUUAAAUACUCAUAGUUUAAAUUAAAAAUGACUAAAACAAUAUGUAUGAUUCAGAAAAUUUUAAUUAAGGCUUGAUUGCUCAUGAAAAGGGGUUAUUCCGAUCCUGAGAUUAUAUUUAUUUUUUACUAAAAACAGGAUGACUGCUUUUAUAGGUAUUUUUUUAUUCCAUAGAUUUGUAAUAACAAAUUUUUAAUUUAGCGAAUGUAGUUUUUAAAUAGGUGUACUAAUUAGGUGAUAUUAAAAAUAGAAAUAAUACAAUAUCUAUAUAUUUUAUCGUCCAAUCAAUUUAGACUAUUGUAUAACUAUAUAAUUUGUAUAACAAUGCAACAUUUCAUUGUGGUGGGUUCAUGACCGGGUAUUAGAACCCAUAGUAUGAGAUGAGUUUGCGCCCGGGCAUAAUCCAUAUUUUGACUAAUUACUACAUACUAUAUACAUUGUAACUAAGCAAUAAUUUCAUUGGUUGUAAACUUAAAAAAUAAAAUAAAAAUUUAAUACAGAA